AUGAUUCAGUCUGGAAAACCAUGGGUGACAAGGAUGAUGAAUGCUACUGUUAAGCAUGGUAGUGGGUAUGCCCAACCGGCAGGUGCUGCUGUCUUCCUUUUUUCUAUUAUUGAAAUUUUGUUAAGAAAAAUUCGACCGGAUGACGAUUUCAAUAGCAUUGCCGCAGGUGCUUUGGCUGGAGCACUUUACCGUUCGGCACAUGGCUUGCGUGCUACUGCGAUAGGAAGUGGUGCAGGUCUUGCUCUUGCUUCCUUAUGGGUCUUCAUUAAUCCUGAGAGCAGAGAGAGAAUGAAGGACAUGUUUCAUUUUGCCUGA